UUUUUUUAUUGGCAUGCCUUUUAAAAUAAUGCAAGCUGCUGUGAUAGGCAACUGAAGUUCUCAAGUUUUUUGGAAAUGAGAACCCAGUCUUACCAGUAAGGCUGAGCUUUUAAAUAAUGUCAGUUGAUGGUGUGAUCAGCAUUUUUUGAUUAUGAAGCAACCUCUUAAAAAAAAUUAGAACAACCAAAGCGAUCUUCCUCUAUAUAAACUGUAAAUUAUCUUUCACAGCACCUCAUUGGACUGGUGGCUUUGAGGGCUACAUUAAGUAGGUUAUCCUCUCAUCUAACCAGCACUAGUAUCUGUUGGGCUGCUGAGUGACACACGCCGAGUGGGGUGAAGGGAAAUGCUGGCGAAUUGCAUUUUGAGGUGUUGGUUGCUGUCAGUCACUCUGUCUCUUGCUAUUGCCAAGCACAGGCAAUCUUCCUUCACCAAAACUUGUUACCCAAGGGGAACACUGUCCCAAGCAGUUGACGCUCUCUAUAUCAAAGCAGCAUGGCUCAAAGCAACGAUUCCAGAAGACCGCAUAAAAAAUAUACGACUAUUAAAAAAGAAAACAAAAAAGCAAUUUAUGAAAAACUGCCGAUUUCAAGAACAGCUUCUGUCCUUCUUCAUGGAAGAUGUUUUUGGUCAAUUGCAAUUCCAAGGUUGCAAGAAAAUACGCUUUGUGGAGGACUUUCAUAGCCUUAGGCAGAAGCUGAGCCACUGUAUUUCCUGUGCUUCAUCAGCUAGAGAGAUGAAAUCCAUUACCAGGAUGAAAAGAAUAUUUUAUAGGAUUGGAAACAAAGGAAUCUACAAAGCCAUCAGUGAACUGGAUAUUCUUCUUUCCUGGAUUAAAAAAUUCUUGGAAAGCAGUCAGUAAACCACAGCCAAGUGCAUUGAUUUUAUAGUUAUUUUGAAAUACAAUGAGAACUGCUAGAAAUAUGUUUAUAACAGUCUGUUUCUUUUAAAAACUUUUUAACAUAUUACUGACAGCAUGUUAGGUGGUUCAGAAUAGACAAGAAGGAUUUAGUGUAAUAAAGUUUUGGAGAUAAGUUGUCACUAAUUUGCACAUUUUCUGUGUUUUCAAAAAAUGUUUCCAUUCUGAACAUGUUUUGUUAUUCACAAGUACAUUGUGUCAACUUAAUUUAAAGUAUAUAACCUGAAUUAACUCAUGUAAUAUUUAUGUGUGUCGGGGGGUGGGUGAUGUGGGAGGUGAAGGGGAGUGACAGAUUUCUGGAAUGCAAUAUAAUGUUAUUGAGACUUAAAUAGAUGUUAUGUAUAUGAAUGUCUAUUUAAGGGUUUGAAAAUUAUUAAUUAUGCCCAGUGUGAACUUAGUGCUUAACAAAUUUUGAUUUUAAUUAAAUAAAUUGUGUUUCUCCUGGGUGUCCUUUUCAUGA